CGACCGAAAACAGCAGGGCGCGAUGGUACAGGUGGUAAUGGUGGCUCCUCGCGCUCUCCUCCUCGCUAUUGAUCUGCUACAAUUUUCUUCAACGAGUUUUCAAUCUUCUCAUCUUACCCUCCGGCAUCGUUACCUCCGCCUGCCAUGCCCGUUCCCCACCGGCCGGUCGGUGCCGCUCCCUGCGCUAGUCUCAUGCAUCGCGGCCGCUGCCCCGCUAGAAACUCAUGUCGGCUAAUCCUCAUCGUCGCUCUAAUCGCAACCGCCCUCAUCGGUUUUCUCAACAAUACGCUUCCUCCUCUUCCCAAAUCCUUCGUCUCGGUUAUAACCCCCUCUUCAACCUUCGCCGUGACUAAUUCAUCCCACGGUGAUUCUAUUGUUUUCUCUCUCGAUUCAAGGAAUUCCGCUUUGAUUGUGAAUUCUAAAGUUGACGAGAAUUAUGAGGUAAAGGCCAUUCAUACAGGCAACAAGAAGCCAGAUUCAUGCAGAACAGAGACACACUUGAAGGAAGGGAUUUCUGGUGAUGGCGGUCUUCCAGCUUUUACCGGGCGGGAGGUACCUUUUUGGGCCCUGCCACCUGAUGAGGCGCUUCUGUAUGCAAAGAGAGAGAUUGAGCAUGCUCCUCUUCUUGUUGAUGAUCCCGACCUUUACGCUCCUGUUUUCUGGAAUCUAUCGGUUUUCAAAAGGAGCUAUGAACUCAUGGAGAAAAUACUGAAAGUAUACAUCUACCCAGAUGGAUCAAGGCCCAUUUUUCAUACGCCAGAACUUCAAGGUAUAUACGCUUCUGAAGGAUGGUUUAUGAAAUUAAUGGAGGAGAGUCGACAAUUUGCUGUCAAAGAUCCAAAAAAGGCUCACCUGUUCUACCUGCCUUACAGUUCACGCAGAUUAAGGGAUGCUGUUUAUACACCCGGGUCUCAUAAUAUAAAGCCAUUAGCAAUCUUUUUGAGGGACUAUGUGAACAACAUCUCUUCUAAAUACCCUUUCUGGAAUCGCACAAGAGGAUCUGAUCAUUUUUUAGUAGCUUGCCAUGAUUGGGGCCCAUAUAGCACAACAUCCCACACUGAACUUCGCAAGAACACCAUCAAAGCCUUGUGCAAUGCAGACACUUCGGAAGGAAUCUUCAUUCGCGGUAAGGAUGUUUCUCUCCCAGAAACAACCAUCAAAGAACCAAAGAGACCUCUCAAAUACAUUGGUGGGAAAAGACUCUCCCAACGGCCUAUUCUGGCCUUCUAUGCUGGCUUGAUGCACGGCAGAGUGCGACCGACACUUGAGAAGCUCUGGGGAAACGACACCGAAGGAGAUAUAAGGAUCUUCCGCCGGCUACCCAGACGGGUCUCCAGAAACAUGUCUUAUGUUGAGCAUAUGAAGUCAAGCAGAUUCUGUAUCUGUCCAAUGGGAUAUGAAGUAAACAGUCCAAGGAUAGUGGAGGCUAUUUAUUAUGAGUGUGUCCCUGUGAUCAUUGCAGACAAUUUUGUGCUUCCAUUUGAAGAAGUUCUGAACUGGAGCACCUUCUCAGUGGUCAUAGCAGAGAAAGACAUAGCAGAUUUAAAGAAAAUAUUAUUGGAAAUCCCUCUCAAAAGGUAUCUCAAAAUGCAGGAAUGUGUUAAGAGGGUGCAGAAGCAUUUUCUAUGGCAUGCUAAGCCUGAGAAGUAUGAUCUGUUUCAUGUGAUUCUUCAUUCAAUUUGGUUCAGCAGGUUGAAGCAGAUCCAGAUGCCAUUAUGAGAGUGUCUUCCUGAAGCAUUUGACUUGCCAUUUCUGCAAGUUGCUCAAUCUGCUAAAGGGAAAAGGAAUAACAUGAUUUAAGUAUUAAUUUCUCGCUAACAUUUUACUUGGCAUGUUAAGAUGUGUAAUUCACUUUCUACAAUGGGAGUUUCUUCAUGCAAGUUGGAUUCUGACACAAAGAAUAACCAGAAUUUGAAUUCAGGUAACCCCCCUUCCCAGGCCCAAGUUCAUUCUUUUUCAUAUUUCAUUAUUUGCUUUGUAUAAUUUCAGUUCAAUACAAUAUCGUUUGUAAUUUAUGAAUGGCAAUUGAGAUUUUGUAAUCAGAUAGCUAGAUGUUGAUUUUCUUUGGAGAAUGAUAAAUAUGACAGAGAAGGAUUGUAGGCAGCGGCAGAUCCAGCUUCUUUUUUCAGGGUGGGCAAAAAAAUUUUUUUUGGGGUUGGGUAAAGACGUUUAUAAUGGAUGAAAUUAUGGCUAAAAAGAUUUUUCGGGGGGGCGAAAUUCCCAAAAUGCCCAAAAUAUUAUAAAAUAUCCCCUCUAAAUAUUUUUUUUUUAGGCCCAUGAUUGUAGGACUUGAAAAGGGUGAGUAUAGGGUCAUAUUAUUCUAACCACACUUAAGUAGGAUUGAGUUUUAAAAUUUAUAAAAAAAUUUUGAGAUGAGUGUAAUAUAUAAAUAAUCAAUAAAAUAUUAUAUUAUACUAAUCUCAAAAUAAAUCCAAAGAUUUUAGAAACCCUUCCAGCCCAAGUUUCUCUUUCUUAAAAAGAACUAAAUAUGUUUACAAUCACUCCUAUUGCACCCAUUUUAGAUUAUUACAGACAGAAAACUGCAAAAGAAAAAUAGCUGCUCCUGUGUAAAUAUCAUCUCAAUGAAGUAGAAUAAAUAUUCCUAAAGAUUGAAAGACAUGAAUUCAUUUCAAAAAUAGCAGCAUUCAGUGCCAUUUCUGCAGU